AGAAGGAAGAAGCUCCGAGAAGCAGAGCUGCAAUUACCACUCUCCGCUUCACUCACAUUAUCGUCAUCUAAUCUUCAUGCUCGCCGCCUGUGUGGCAGCCAUGGCCGCGCACACUAUCCUCUCUUCCGCCACCGUCGCCUCCCACUCUCUCCUCUUCCCCGUCUCCGCCCCCAACGCUUCUCCGCUCCACUCCUCUUUCCACGGCGUCUCCCUCAAAGUCAACAACAAACCUACUCACCAAUCGCUCUCCCUCCGCGCCGUCUCCGCCCCCAAGCCCCUCACCGUCGUCGCCUCCUCCAAGAAGGCCGUCGCUGUACUCAAAGGCACCUCCAAUGUUGAAGGCGUCGUCACUCUCACACAAGACGCCGAUGGUCCUACCACUGUGAAAGUUCGUAUAACUGGGCUUACUCCUGGACUUCAUGGAUUUCAUCUUCAUGAGUUUGGUGAUACGACAAAUGGGUGCAUUUCUACAGGACCACAUUUUAAUCCCAAUGGGUUGACACAUGGAGCUCCUGAGGACGAAGUCCGUCAUGCGGGUGACCUGGGAAACAUAGUGGCUAAUGCCGAAGGUGUUGCUGAAGCAACAAUCGUCGAUAGCCAGAUACCAUUAAGUGGUCCAAACUCAGUUGUUGGAAGAGCUUUAGUUGUACAUGAACUUGAGGAUGACCUUGGAAAGGGUGGCCAUGAGCUUAGUCUCUCUACUGGAAAUGCAGGUGGACGGUUGGCAUGCGGUGUGGUCGGUUUGACUCCAAUAUAAUUCAAGAAUUGGAGCUGCCUCUUUCUUCAAUUAGCGUUACUUCCUUCACUUGUUUCGCAUAGAGUUUGCAUGGCGAGGUCAUCUCAGAUAGUCACAACCUAAUAAAUUUGGAUCUGUAUGUAUACAUUAGUGAGUUUAGCAUGGCUUUGCAAGUAAUGCUUCUUCAAUGUAUUGUUAUUCAAUUAUUCACCUCUUCCAAUAACAAAAUGACCCUGCUUACAUUUAUGUUUCCAACUGUUUUGUAUGUAUUGUCAACUGUUCUUUCCUGCAUCCUAUCAUAAAUAAUAUGAUCAAACUCGCACUUGUAGGGUGUAAAAUUUAUUCCUAA